AGGAAUCGGGUCAAAAGAGCGAUUCGUCUGCAAAACUGCAUCACUAUCUGAGAGUUUUCCUCCCUUUUCACAGUCAGCCUCUAACAUUACAUCCCAGAUACUGCCUCUGCUCGCGUGUCCACGCUUUCACUGUUCAACAAGGAGGGCAGAAUGGGAGCAAAGCUCAGUCGGAAGAAGAGUGAAGCAGGGAUAGGAGCAGAGACGACAGGUCCAGCUGUGCAAGAGACUGAAACGGCAGAGGGCUCACCUGUGGCUGAAAAUGCAGAGCAAAAAUGUUCUGAAGGUGAGAUUCAAGAAGAGAGCAAGCCUGCAGAAGAGAAGUCUGACUCUUCAACCACUGUUCUGCAAAGCCUUACACAAGCUGUAGGAGAAACGGUCACCGCAGUCACUGAACAGAUAGCCGCACCAGUAGAAGAUGUUGUAAACAAAGGUAUCGAGGCAGUGGAGUCCGCACUGGCCUCCGUCAGCCUGAUCGAGAAAGAGCCUGAACAGAAGUCUGAACCUGUGGUAGAUCUUGCUGAUUCUGAUGUUCUCCAAGAACCCAGCCUCUUGGAUGACCUCCUGAAAUCUCCACUUUCAGAAGCCCUCAUUUCUGGAGUCACUAUGGUGAGUGAAGCCAUAACCAGUGGGGGAGUGGAAGAGAAAAUUAGUAAUUCUGCACCAGCUGAGAACGAGGAUUUGUUGGAUUGUCUAGGGAAGAUGGAGACGCCCUCAGUGGACCUUCUGGACUGUAAACUGACCAAUGAAUCCACAAAACCUAACUCAGAUCCAUCAUUUACUUUGGAAGAUAUGGGACAGAACGCAGCUGAAUAAACCACUACACUUGCCUCUAGAAAACAGUAGCAGCUGGUAGAUCAUUAGGUGUAAGUAUGUCAGUACAAUAUUCAAGAAAUUAAUGAACAAUUACAUUUCGUUGUUUUUUUUUCCUGAGGAUGUUGUCAUGAAACAGGGUUGUGUCAUUCAGAAUUGAAUUAAGGUAGCAAACUGGAUGAAGAAUUUCAAUUCAAAUGUGUAUGUUAGAAAUAAUUAAAAUGAUUUUAAAAUUAAAGGAACUUCAUUUUAUCAAGAAUAUUGUCCUGAUAAAAAGGAAAGCUUGAACCAAAGUUUUAAAAGCCUUGAUGUUUGAAGGUUUAUAUUAAUCAAAAGAUCCAGUUCUUUAUUUCUGAAUUUUAGUUGAAAGUUACAUGUAAAACCAGUCACCUCAGAUAUAUAAUAAACAUUCCUAAAAGUCUGCCUACUGAGUCGUUGACAAGCAGCAAACCAGCCAUCUGAUAUUUGUUCUUCCUGAUGGUCUGUAUUCUUCCAAGCUCUUGUAUAUGAACCGUUCCGCCAGUCUCCCAUAGAAGAGAAAAAAAGAAUGUAUGUUAAAAGAAUGAUUGUAAUAAGGAAAAUAAAGACUGUAAAACAUCACAA